AUGCUGCCCUCUAAUGCUGGGAAAGGGGUGACAGGUCGAGAUCCCUUGGCCAAGAGGUCCCCCUCGAUUUUGGUGACAGAUUCCAGGUCUUCGCAAAGUAGGAGCAGCGCUCCGUUUGCUGGGCACGCCGCCAGUGGGAGCAUGGCAAAUUACCACAAGUCCAAGCAACUACAACAGCAAAAGUCUGUCAGAGGUGGUGGUGUUGGCAGUGGCAGUAGUGCUGGUAAUUAUGGCAGUGGUGCGAGAGGGCCGAGCGGAAACUCUCUCAACAGUGCACCAGGUGCUCGGGCAAGGAAAAGGCCUUCUGGGAGGUUUAGUAACGUUUCCAUGGACAACAUUCUACACAACGAUUCUGCUGUGCCUUCAGGUAGGCGAGAACAGAGGGGGUCUACAUCUUCGUGGGAUAGAUUCCCUGUUACAGAAAUCCUGCAUGCGUCUAAUUCAUACCGUAAGAUGAUCAACCCUCUACCAUCGAGAACUUCAAAGAUCUCUCAAAAACUGGUUCUGAUACCAGAGGACGAUACGGUUAACGCAGAAAAUGGUACUAGUACAAAAGGGUCCGGCAAUCCUCCGUUGCGGAAAUCGAGGAACAUUGGUCCAGUUUUGGAUCGGAAGAGGCAUUCCACGAGGAUGACGAACUUGAACGAGUUCGACAACGAAUCCUACAGAUUCAAUUCGGGCAACCUUUCCCGACUGACUGCUUACAAUAUAGCAGAGGGGUUUGAUCUGACCAUGCUGCAUCGUUUCUUGCAGAACACCCAUGAGGUACACCCGAGGUUGUAUGAUGACUGUUUGUACGUGCCCUAUGUGCUUCCACUUCUCCCCGGUAAAGAUGGGUUUAGGAUCAAAUCAAACGUGUCAAAGAAGGCUGUCGGUGGUGGUACGCUGAUUGAUAAAUUGAUCGAUACCUCGGAACGUCGAGAUCACCAUUACGAGUACUACUCUGGUGUAGAGACGUUAGAAGACGCAAAUAAUAACUACGAGUUGGAGGCAACUGGUGGACAUACAAAUGAGAUGUCUGACGUUAGUGUUAUUCCUGACCAUUUACCACAGCCGACCGCAGGGAUCAACCCUGAUGCGUUCGAUCCAAGAGAACCUCAAUUUUUCGCUGAGGAGACGCCCGUAGAGCAAGAAUUGAGACAGCGCGAAGAAAUGAAGAGCAUAACCAGUGAUGAGGGCACCAAUAAAAGGAGCAGUCGCGAACGAAAUUUGGAGAGGAAAGUAAGUGAGGAUAGUACGGAUCAUGCGGAGUUGUUUAUCUUCCACUAUGGUGUUAUUGUAUUUUGGAACUUUACCGAGGAGCAAGAAAAGAACUUGCUUGGGGAUAUUACUUUCGCAGACGAUAAAGACUUGAUGAUACGACCUAUCGAUGAACAAGACAUUGAGACAGAGGAAUUCCAUUUCGAGUACGACAUGGACACAGAGCGGCCUCGGAUCUUCAACGACAUUGUAACUUUGAGAUCCGGGGACCACAUAGUAAAGAUGACGCUAUCGUACGCGAUAGCGCAGUCCUCGAAACUAUCGCGGUUUGAAUCGCGUAUAACGCCGUUGCUCUCCGCUGUGAUGAAGUUGCCAAAGCGGCUCGCUCUGCACGGGACCCUAGGGUUGAGGAGGGAGCAAUUACUGAAGAAAUCCGGGAAGCUGUUCAAGUUGAGAGUGGACGUCAACUUGUCGUCCAGUAUAUUGGACACGCCCGAUUUUUUCUGGUCCAUCGAACCAAGCUUGCACCCGCUGUACAUUGCGAUGCGCGAGUAUUUGGAGAUCGACAAGCGGGUGCAAGUGGUGAACGACCGUUGUAAAGUGUUUCUUGAGUUUUUCGAUAUAUGUGUCGACUCGGUAGCGGAGAGGAACAUGGCCCGUGUAACUUGGUGGUUCGUAGUCGUGAUCAUAAUCGGAGUGCUGUUCUCGCUUACAGAGAUCACCAUCCGGUACAAUAUCAUCCAUGGACGACGCUGA